GAAGUUUAACGGAAAACAAACAUGUCAAUUGCUCAUUUGAUUAACCUCAUAUUUCUCAUGGUUUCAGACAACGGUGUCAAUGCCUUAGUACCGAGACCACGGAAACACAUUGAAGGAAAUACACUUUGUAGCUUAGCUGAAUCACUCACCAUUGAACAUAAUUAUCCAAAAUGCUUUAUUCUGAUUGACGCCCUGAAAGUGUUUAAUGAACGUCUCCUCAUGAGGCAGCAACAACGGUUGUAUAAUGAAAGCGAAACUCUCCAUAUCAACACAAUGACAAUUGUGACUGAAGACAGUUGUGAUGAGUCAGAGAAUAAAUUGUGGCCGAGUGAAUACAUGGAUGAAUCAUGUAAGUUACCUUCAGCUCUCACUAAUUUUCAUACAUAAUGAACCAUCUAACCACUACAGAUAAAAUCAGCAUAUUCGAUGGGAAGAUUGAAAUUGAAUGUAAUGAAGUGUGGGGAGCAUUGCAUGCAUUGCAGAGUAUUAUACAACUGGUGCAUAGAGGUAAAUCGGGAUCUCUUUUAAUAUACGAACGCAUUAUCAAGGAUGCACCAAGAUUCAUGCACAGAGGAUUUCUCGUUGACACUGCCAAACAUUAUAUCAGUGUUGAUGAGAUUUUAAAGUUCAUUGAUGCGAUGGCGGUUGUGAAAAUGAAUGUAUUUCAUUGGCAUAUGACGGAUGACAGUUCAUUCCCCUAUGCGUCAUCCACAUAUCCUGAACUCUCCCUAGAGGGUGCCUACCAUCCACGAAAGUUGGUUUACGAGAAUGCAGAUGUUGUUCACGUGAUAGAGUUUGCCCGUCUACGUGGUAUACGAGUGAUGGUUGAAUUUGAUACACCUAGUCACACAAAGUCAUGGGAGAGGAGUCAUCCAGAAAUACGAACAGACUGUAACAACAGAGGUCAUUUAGGCCCAUUCAAUCCUGCAAAUGAAACGACAUUUGAAUUCCUGAAGGCGUUUUUCAAAGAAGUCACCUCAGUAUUUCCAGAGCCAUUCAUCCAUCUGGGUGGUAAGGAGGUUUCUUUCGACUGCUGGGAAUCUAAUACUGAAAUUUCGAAGUUUAUGAAGGAGAAGGAAUUCGGUAAUGACUAUGAGAAGCUUGAAUCAUAUUAUUUUGAUCGACUAAUUGAAGCUAUUCAAUCAGUUCAACCAGAUGGAUAUGCCAUUACACCGGUUGUUUCGCAUGAAGUAUUUCAGAAUGGUUAUCGUCCGAAUAAGACCACUGUGAUAAAUGUCUGGAAAUGCAAAAGUUGGCCUAAGCUUGUCAAAUCUAUAACGGCAGCUGGUUAUCGUGUCAUAGUUUCAUCAUGUUGGCGAAUCUCUCCUUCAAUUCAUGCGAAUCGAUGGUAUGAUUAUCAUGAAUGUGAUAUUGGAGCAUUUGGAGGUACUGAGGAAGAGCAGAAAUUGGUGAUUGGUGGAGAAGCCAUUGCAUUGGGAGAAAAUGUGGACGAUUCAAAUCUCUUCUUGCGCUCAUGGCCUGAAGGUGCAGUUGUAGCCGAUCGUCUGUGGUCACGUGAGAAGUCCACCAUUGUUGAAAUGAAACAAAGACUGGAAGAACUGCGUUGUCAUAUGAGAGACUUAGGAUUCAAAGUGAAACCGAUAAAUGAACCGAAGAGCUGUCUACAACCAUGAGAAUGUGUAUUUUCAUCAACUAGACGUCGACGGAACACUCAUUAUUUUUUAUUCAAC